UUUAACUGAAACAUAAACUAAAAAUCUGGCAAUAUCUUUGUGGUUUCUGUAUUUAUAUUUGAUUUUAUAUUUACAUUUUGAGAAUUAAAGACUUGUAAUUUUCUAUAAAACUACUUAUUACUUUAACAGCUCUUCUGUUUUUACAGAAAAGAAAAUGAAAGACAUAAAUUUACCUUGGACAAUUCCAGCUUCUGGAAGUUCUGACCAAGAUAUGGAGCCUGCUACUACAGGAGAAGAAAAAAUAUUGGACAAUUCUGUUAUUAAGGUGAUUUUCAAGGAAGAGCACUUUUUUAAGAAAUAUAAAUCGAAAAUUGAACACUUCUUCAAAGAACUUUUGGAGGAGAGUGGACAACUUGUUAUUGAACAUGAAUUUGAAAAACAUGAUCAUUCAUUUAAAGCUCAGGGAAAGAAACAUUCAGAUCCAGACACGGUACCUUUUUAUUCAUCAUCUUACGAUGAUAUACUUCAUCAGCCUGAGCCUAAACUGGAAAAAAAAGAAGAAACAAAAGGGCCUCAAGCAAUGACCUGUUUUAAUUGUUUGGGUAAUCAUCAUAUGAAAGAUUGUCAAGAAAAAAUUGAUCGUCAGAGGGUUAAUGCUAAUAAAAAAGACCUCAUGCUUUCUACUAGCUCCAGCCGAUAUCACAUUGAAGAAAAAAGGAAUGCAAUUCUACCUGGAUGCCCUAGUGCUAACCUGCGCGAUGCUCUCAGUUUAAGAGAUAAUCAGCUCCCACCUUACAUUUACGCUAUGAGAGUGAUUGGAUAUCCUCCUGGAUGGAUGAUAGAAGCUGAACAUGAGACAUCUGGAUUAUCUUUGUAUAAUGAUUCACUUGAUAAAAGUAUUUCUGAAAUUAAUUCCUCGAAAAUGACAAGAGAAGAAACAUUGUAUGACUCUGAAAGAUUUGUGAGUUAUCCUGGUUUCAACAGCCCUGUCCCAGACGGUUUUAAAGAUGAAUGGACUACAUUUGGUUGGUGUCCUAUUCAACCACACCAACAACUGAGUCAAGCAUUAAAGCAAACUAAUACAAUUAGCAGUAAAAAUUUGUAUAAACGAAAAUUCCAACCAUCUACAAGCAGUGAAGAAAUUAAAAAAUCUAAAAGUGGAACGAAUGAGGGUAACAAUUCAAAAUUAUGCUGGUCACCUCAAUCUAGCUCGACGCCUGACAAACUUUCAAUACCAGAUUUUCGAUUUAGCGAAAAUAAUUGCGAAAGCCCGAUUUCACAAAAAAGUCUAAGCUCAUUGUCGAAAUCUCCGGGUACACCGAUAGUAGGGCACGGUAACCCUUUCCUGAGACUACCCAGUGCGGAUAAAUUUGCUCAAGAUAUUACAGACCACAUGGAUUUCGAAAAUCUUCCAGACGCCGUUGGGAAAUACGACAAUAUGAGAAAUGUCCUAACUAAUGUGCAAAAAAAGCUUCAAGAUAUUAAACAAAAUAUUGAAGGUGAUGGUAACAAGGAAUGCCAGAGUUAAUGUUAAAGGGAUAUUUCUGUUAAUGUAGCACAAUCUCAUGACGCAUACAUGUAUUUAAAUUUUGCUAAAUAUGCAAUUCAAGGUUUUAAAAUCAUCUCGUCAUAGUGAAACUCAAUAAGUACAAAAGGACAUUCUUUCUUCAACUUUUAAAUGUUUUUUUUCUUUUGCAUUUAAUUUUAAGAAAAAGUUGAAUGAAUCUUUUGGCUGGUAUUCAUAUGUGCUACCAAGCAGGUUAUCUAUAAUUGUACAUAUAAGAAAUGUGUUAUUUAUUAGAUACAAUAUGUUAGAAAGUUCUUUAUCUCUCUUGUCCGACUUCUUUUUCUUCCUUUAAAACAAAUUACCGACGUCCAAAAUUAAAUUUAUUUAAUGCCUUUUUCAAAAUACAUGCUUGUAAAACAUUGUUUUUUUAUAUUGUAAUUAAUUUAAAAUUUAUUUAACUGGAUUUUAAAAUUGUAUGACUAUUUUUUUUCUUACUUGUACAUAUAUUUCUGAAUUAACACUAUCUUCUGUAAAUUACCAGAAAUAAAUUGAUAAUUAUGUCUGAGUGUUAGGAGCCAUGCAAAAAAUACAAAAGAAAGUUUUUUGUGAUUUUGGUUCUUCUCCUCUCUUUUCUGAAUAAAUAAGCACAUCAAAAACUUU